UCUUACAGCACCUUCUCUUCUUGUCUUUUCUUGAUGCUAGUUCAUGAAUAAAAAAAACUGGUGUAACAAAAAUGCGUGGAGAAGUUGGCGCCCAACUACCGUACCGGAGUGACUGCUGGUCCUAUAAAACCCCGGCGCCGCUCGCUGCAUGCUGUCAUGCUCCCGCGCCCACAGAGAGCCUGCCGUCUCCUUACAAUUCUGAUCGCCCCCGCCAUACGCGCGCGACGACAAGACCACCACAGAGCCAUGGGCAUCUUCACGGUGACCAAGCUAUCCGAGGGCCCCGUGCGGCCGUCCGCCGACACGCCGUCGGAGACGCUGCCCCUGGCCUGGGUCGACCGGUACCCGACGCACCGCGGCCUCGUCGAGUCCACGCACAUCUACUGCUGCGACGACGUCGCGAAGACGCUGCUGCUGCCUGCUGCGCCGGCCGAGGGCGACGCCGACGCACUGGCGCCGACGAAGAAGGAGGUGAUCACCAAGAAGUCCCCGGCCGCGGUGGUGCGCGCCGCGCUGGCGGACGCGCUGGUGCACUACUACCCGUUCGCGGGCCGGAUCGUGGAGGACGUGCCGGGGCGCCCCGCCGUGCUGUGCUCUGCCGAGGGCGUCUACUUCGUGGAGGCCGUGGCCAACUGCACCCUCGCCGACGUCAACUUCCUGGAGCGGCCGCUGCUCCUCGCCAAGGAGCAGCUCGUGCCGUGCCCCACGCCGGAGCUCUGGCCCGUCUUGCCGCACAACAGCCUUGCCAUGAUACAGGUCACGGCCUUCACCUGCGGCGGCUUCGUGGUGGGCCUGCGCACCAACCACGCGGUGGCGGACGGCACGGGCGCGGCGCAGUUCCUGAGCGCCGUGGGCGACCUCGCCCGCGGGCUGCCGGAGCCCCGCGUGAGGCCCGUCUGGGGCCGGGACCGCUUCCCCGACCCGGACAUCAAGCCCGGCCCGCUCCCGGAGCUGCCGGCGCUGGCGCUGGAGUACAUAGCGUUCGACUUCCCCACCGCGUACCUCGACGAGCUCAAGUCGCAGUACGCGGCGUCCACGGGCGGCAAGUUCUGCUCGGGCUUCGACAUCGUCAUCGCCAAGCUCUGGCAGUGCCGGACGCGCGCCAUCGCCGCCGCCCUCGGCCCCGACGACGUCAGGCUCUGCUUCUUCGCCAGCGUCCGGCACGUGCUGAAGCUGGAGCCGGGCUACUACGGCAACGCCAUCUUCCCCGUGAAGGUGUGCGCGCCGGCGGAGAAGGUGGCCGGCUCGUCGGUGGUCGAGCUCGUCGGCAUGGUCCGGGACGCGAAGCGCCGGAUGGCCGAGGAGUGCCUGCGCUGGGCCGAGGGCCGCACCGGCGGCGUCGACCCGUUCCAGAUGACCUUCAACUACGAGUCCGUGUACGUGUCGGACUGGAGCAAGCUCGGGUUCGCCGACGUGGACUACGGGUACGGCACGCCCAUGUCCGCCGGCCCGCUGGUGAACUGCGACCUCAUCGCGUCGGUCAUCGUCAUGAGGGCGCCCGCGCCGCUCGCCGGCACGCGGCUUCUGGCCAGCUGCGUCACCAAGGAGCACGCCGACGACUUCGCCUGCAGGAUGCGGGAGGACCUAGUCUGAUAUAUAGGUGAGUAUGGAGAUGAUGGAACCCUGCCGCUGUACCUGUACCUACGUGUGAGUGUGGCCAGAGUCAGAGCUAUACGUUGUGGACGUUAAGGUAUUGUAUCGCAACUAGUAGAUGCACUACGUACGUGUGUGUAUACAAACAAAAUUCGCAUGGAGUUGUUGAGUAACUUACUGACGAUGCAGCCAGCGUCAGGGAGCAGCGUUGACUAAAAAGACACAGCGAGCCACGAAUAUACGACUCAUUUUUCAA